UAUACAAAUAUAUAAUUAUAUUUUCUUUACGUUGACAACACUGCGUAAAAUCCUUUAACAUAUUGCAUACCUUAAAGGAAAGAAAUUGAAUUUUUCAUUGUUCAAGAUCAUCACGUGGUGUAAUUGUUUCCGUUUCAAUUUUUUAUUAAAAUUUUAAUUGUUAUUAAAUCUUGAUUUUAUUUUCACAAUUAGACUCGUUGAUAUUCCGUAUUUUAUUUGUAUUUGCAGUUGCUAUGUUGUGUAAUAUUAUAAAAUGAGUGGAUAAGGUUCUAUUUUGUUCAUGCAUGACAAAUUUAUUAGUGAUUUAGUAAAAAAUUAAUUGUGUUAGUAUUAUAGAAAAAAGUGAAGAAUAUAUUGUAGUAUUAAAAAAAAAAAAAUAUGAUUCGUCUUGCAUUAAGAUUUUUUUCCAUACCACAAUACACAAUGACAUCAUAUUGCAUGAAAUUGCUAAACAUUCAUAAAAUAGGACUUUGUACAAUGUUGCAAAAAGAUUGUUGUCCGUUAGUAAUAGCGGGCCCUUCUGGAAGUGGGAAAAGUACUUUGUUGAAUCGUCUAUUCGAGGAAUUUCCAGAUAAAUUUGGAUUCUCUGUAUCACAUACAACUAGAGCUCCAAGACCUGGUGAAGAGAAUGGCAAACAUUAUUAUUUUACAAGUAAAGAAGUAAUGCAGAAACAAAUAGAAAAUGGUGAAUUUAUUGAGACCGCUACAUAUAGCGGAAACUUAUAUGGAACCAGUAAACUUGCUGUAGAAAAUGUUCAACGAACAGGAAAAAUAUGUAUAUUAGAUAUUGAGAUAGAAGGGGUAAAACAAAUUAAAAACAGUUCUCUAAAUGCUAGAUAUAUCUUUAUAAAACCACCAUCAUUGGAAGAACUUGAACAACGAUUAAAGAAAAGAAAAACAGAAACAGAAGAAUCUUUGCGACGAAGAUUAAAUACUGCUAAGAUUGAAUUGGAAUAUGGUAAACAACCAGGAAAUUUUGACAUUGUGAUAGAGAAUGAUAAUCUUGGUAAAGCUUAUGAGAAGUUGCGUGAAUUUAUCUCCUACAAAUGGAAUAUCAAUACAUAAAACAGGUAUUGGAGUCUCUCAUUUAAAAUUAUCCGCGCGCCUAUUAUGUUAUAUAAAACGGUUUAAAUAAUGUUUAUCAUAAUAGAUAAAAA